AUGGUGCAGCCGCUUUGGCACUGUCGAAAGGUCGAUCAGUCCUCUAAGAAAGAUGCGUCCUGGUUUGACCACCGAGGCAACGUGCUGCAGCAUGCCAAUCAACGAUCGCAGCUCGCGCUUCGUGCAGCUGCUCCAUCUGUGAAAAUUCCUCCUGUUGAUCAAACUGUGAACGAGGGUGCAGACUUUGUAGAAUUCAACUGCACUUUUGCUCAGAAAGAACCUGAACCGACCUUUAGCUGGACAUUUACCAACAAUGAUGGUCACAUGGAGACAGUAAAAGAGCAGCCACCACCUUUUCCAAAUGCAAGGACAAGUAUUAUUAGAGUAUAUUCAAUUUCAAGGGACAAAAGUGGCCGUUAUGAUUGUGUUCUUGAGAAUGAAUUUGACAAAAUCACUUCAUCAGCACAUUUGACUGUACAAUAUUUUGAUGGUGUCAGUCUUAGUGUUAUUCCAAGCAAUGAACUUGUAUCUAAAGAACUAGGAACUUUAGUCAUCAACGUGUCAUCAGUUCCAGCUGCAACUGAAAUACGUCUGAGUCGAAAUAAUGUUGUACUCUUCUCAUCAUCUAACGGAAAUCUCAACAAAUCAAUAGGAACUGUCACAGUGAAUGAGAACAAUCACGUACAGUACGUCUUUACUGUUGAUAAAAGCUGGAAUACUACAGUAACAGCAUAUGCGAAGCAUCCACUGGGAAGUAAUACAUCAACUCAAGUAAUAACUGUACUUGCUCCUCCAGGUCGUCCAAUUGAUGUGUCUGUAAACACCUCUUGUUAUAACAAUAAUAACAGUUUACUGGUUACGUGGACUGUGUACAGUAAUGGUGGACGCGACAUCAGCAAUUACACACUGAGAUGGAGGAAAGGUUGUAGUAAUACUACAACUACAUUGCUCAACUCAAAGACAUGGAUGGUAUCAAACAAUGCUAGAUUUACACAGCAAAGAGGCAGUUACAUAAUACCAGGACUGGAUGGUAACACAACAUAUUGUAUAGACGUGGAAGCAACAAAUAGUAUUGGACCAAUGUCGACGACAGUCAAAGCAACUACACUGUCUGUCCCAAAGCAGCCUAAACUUCAAUGUAAUCCCACGUUGACCACAAAUACAAGUGUAGCAAUAGCUUGGGUAGUCAGCAGCAAUGGUGGUGACGACGUCUCACAUUAUGCUGUAGUACUGAGUAGAGAUCUGAAUUUCACACAGACAGCUUAUUCAAAGACUCUGUUUGUGGUUGACAAUUCUGAGUUGACACAGAAGGGUGGAAUGGUUACUGUGCCAGGUCUUUCUGGUGGAACAACAUAUUAUGCAAAGGUUGUUGCAAGAAAUUGUGUUGGUGCUAGUGUUCCUGCUACUCAGCCUUGCUCUACACGCUGUGGUCCAUUAUUGCAGCCGCGAGCAGCCAAAGAAGUAUUAUUGUCUGAUGACACCAUAACACUGGCAGUAAAGGCUCCUGACUUGAAUUGUCAAAUUGACAAAUACAUUGUUAAAGACGUAGCGUCUGCUGACGAACUCCAGUCAUCAUAUUCUGUUGAGAAUGGUAUUGUAACUAUUACCAUAACGGGACUGGGGGCAGGAGCAAACUAUACAGUUCAAGUGUAUGCAGUAGAUCAAUCACAGGAACGUCCAAUAGGGAAACCAGUCACAUUUCAAAUAUCAAGCCAAGAUAAAGGUGAAGGAGAUGAUGAGAAAGUUGUGGUUAUUUCAGUUUCAGUCACUGUUUCUUUCACUGGUUGUGGUGUGCUGGUGUUUGUUGGAUGUUAUUGUGUUUAUCGAAACAAGAGGAAUAAAAGGAACAAUCGAACACAGGAAGGGGGACAAACAACAACAGAUGUUAAAGUUACAACAACAGCGUCAGUUGCAUAUGUAAAUGCACCUGAUGGUGUGUUGGUAAAAGCUAGCAUAGAGCAUUCGUCAGAUACACGUACAUAUGGUCAUGUGGGGCAUGUACCCAGGGACAAACCAGCUCCACAUGAACCUGACUCGAUGGUUGCAAAAAAAGGUGGCACAUAUACGCAGCCACAAGUUCUUACACCACGAACACAGACAUGUGCUCAAGGUCAACUUGACUCGAAAUCUGCAAGAACGGGUGUCACAUAUGCGGAGCCACAAUUUCCUUCCGAGGACGAACGGGUUCCAGCCAGGAGGCCUAUGAGAUCCGUUCCGUACCAACAGAUCGAUGUUGUAGCCACAAAAAAUCUUAAACUCGAAAGAGAUAAGAAUUCGAGUCCUGAAACUCAAUGGCUUACUUUACCAGGUGAGAAUCACUCACGAUACAGUUCCAGUGGGGACGAAGAGUCACAUGAGGAAGCUCUUUGAAUGCGUGACUAAUCAUUGUUGCAUUAUAUGCGUAGUUAGUAUAUGGGCAGGUCUGUCUCGAUCGUUUUGUGUAGUGACAUAGGGAGCAGUUUGGGUACAAGCGUCUAGUUAUGUAUAAACGCUAUGGUCAUUUGGUAUCGACAUAUAUCUAUCAAUCUCUUGGAUCUAA